UAAAGGAACAUUAGAUACAUUAUCAGCAAGUCAACAAAUAGAAAUUUUAAAACUAUGCUAUGAUGCACAAAAAAAUUUACUUAAUAAGCUACUUGAAGAAAAAAAAAAAGAAAAUGUUGAUAUAAAAAUUCCAACUAUACAACCUUCUAAAAGAAAUAGAACACAGUCAUCAAAAUUAAAACUAUCAGCACUUUGUUCUUGGUUACGAAAAGAUUAUUUUGUAAACAUUAAAGCCAAUUUUACUCCACAUCUUGAAGAAAACCAAAUUAAAGAAUCAGUAACAUGGUCGCAAUUAGGAUAUACAGCAAGAGAAAGUUGGAUCAAUAAUAAUAAUGAACUAGAAUCACUACAACAAAUUGCCAAAGAAGUAUUUCAUAUUAAUAAAGAAAAUACAAGUUAUAGAUUUAAAACAGAAUCGAAUAAAUUUUGUGAUGAUGAUAAUUUGGCGCAAGAUAAUCAUGAAAACUAUAUGAAUUAUUCUAACACUUAUACUACUUCUGGUUUAAACAAUUAUACUCUUUCUACUUCAAGUGGUGGUGUAAUUUCUGAUGAAUAUAAUAAUCCUACCUUUGAUAGCUAUAUUGGCUCUGCUCCUGAUAGUGACAGUUAA